AAAUAGCUAAGUUGGCAACAGUGUACAAUAAAAAGACACUUUGACAAACUAAAUUAAGUCAAAAUUCCAAAAUACUCGAAAUUUUAAAACAAAAAGUAGCAAUACCAUUUUUGGCAAGCAUACGAAAUAAAGAAUAAUCAAAAAUGACUGGUUCAUUUAGUGUGAAGCUGAAAUCGAAAAAAGGUCAAUUCAUAGUGAAUGACCUUAACGAGAGCACAACUUUGGCGGAGCUGAAAAGGCGGAUAGCGCAGGUGACGCAAAUCAAGGAGCCACAGCUGCAUGUGCUUGUGGGCUAUCCACCACGGCCGCUGAAUCUCACCGAGGAGGAGCAGCAGCAGCGAAAUAUAAUCGCCGCUGGCAUUAACAGAGGAGAGACGCUGAUUGUGGAAGAGAGAGCAGGAGGGGAAGCGUCAGCGUCAAGCAUUGCGGAUGACGAAGCCCUGGCGCGUCGUCUGCAGGCCGAGGAAGAUGCCGAACAUUUGCGUCAGGUGGCAACCACAGCCAAUGGCGAAGUGCUGCCUGAUAUCGAUAUUGCACCCAUCCCUCCUCCCCCUGUGUCCACCGCACCCGCACCCCUGGAAGCAGGCCCCAAUGGUGACUUCAAUGGCAUACUGCUGAAAAAGGUGGUGCCGGCGGAUAACUCGUGUUUGUUUACAAGCAUACGCUUCGUGCUGAAUGGCAAAGUGGACAACGAGGGCAGCGAAAUGAUGCGCCAUAUAAUUGCCCAGGAAGUGGCUGCCGAUCCGCAGCAAUAUAAUGAUGCUGUGCUGGGUAAGUCGAAUGCCGAAUACUGCACCUGGAUACAAAAGGCCGAUUCCUGGGGUGGCGCCAUCGAGGUAUCGAUACUGUCCAACUACUAUGGCAUCGAAAUUGAUGUGGUCGACAUACAAAACGCCAUCAUCAAUCGCUUCGGCGAGGACAAGAACUUUGGCCUGCGUGUGUUCCUACUCUUCGAUGGCAUCCACUACGAUCCACUCUACAUGGAGACCACACAGAGCACGGCACCAGCUACCAUAUUUCCCGUGGAGGAACUGGCCGUCUAUCAGCAGGCAGAGCAGCUGGCAAAUGAAGCCAAAUCAUCGCGCCAAUUCACCAAUGUGGAUAAAUUCAAUCUACGCUGUCUGCAGUGCGAUCUGAUGCUGGUGGGUCAGGCACAGGCUCAACAGCACGCCAAGGCAACCGGACACGCCAAUUUCGGGGAGAUUUAAUACGUGCUUAUCUUUGGCACCAUUUAUAUUCUGGCCUUUAUUGUGUUUGCCUAUUAUAUACUCAACACCUAGAAGAGAUCGGGAUCCAGAUCGACUCGAGUCCCAGAGUAAUGCAAAAAAUAAAGCCAUUUAAUUACUUGCCUGCAGCUUAUUUAACAAAUUCUUUAGCAAAAUGUUUUCUACAAAUCUUCUGUUAUUAAUUUAUUUAAAAACUGUCUACACCCAUGCAACUGUCAUUUGAUUUUUGGAGUAUAAUAAAGUUCCAUUCAUUAAACUCGCAA